AUGGCGGCGGCGAAUUCUUCUCUUGCGGUUCCAGCAACAGCAUUGAAUGGUGUACAAUUUGGGAAUGCCUCUCUGUAUGUCGGGGAUCUCGACGCCAAUGUGGUGGAGAGUCAGUUGUUUGAUCUGUUCAGUCAAGUGGCUCAAGUGGUUUCGAUUAGGGUUUGCAGGGACCAGGCUAGGCGAUCCUCUCUGGGCUAUGCAUAUGUCAAUUUGGCCAAUGGACACGACGCUGCUAAUGCCAUGGAACAUUUGAACUUUACUCCCUUAAAUGGAAAACCUAUUCGGAUUAUGAUUUCUCAUCGUGAUCCUAGCAUUCGGAAAAGCGGAUAUGCAAAUGUCUUCAUUAAGAAUCUGGACUCAACAAUAGAUAACAAGGCUCUGCAUGACACUUUUGCUGUCUUUGGAACUGUGCUGUCUAGUAAGGUAGCAGUUGACAACUAUGGCCAAUCAAAAGGGUAUGGAUUUGUGCAGUUUGACAAUGAGGAGAGUGCACAAAAUGCUAUCAAAAAAUUGAAUGGCAUGUUAAUAAAUGAUAAAAAGGUUUAUGUUGGACUCUUCGUUCGGCGUCAGGAAAGGGCUCCUGCAAAUGGAUCACCACAAUUUACUAAUGUUUAUGUCAAAAACUUUUCUGAAGCAUUUACUGAUGAAGACCUUAAGCAACUGUUUAAUACCUAUGGUAUCAUAACCAGUGCUGUUGUCAUGAAAGACUCGGAUGGAAAAUCUAGGGGUUUUGGUUUCGUCAAUUUUGAAAGUCCUGAUUCGGCUGCUGCAGCGGUUGAAAAGUUAAAUGGAACAAUCAUGAACCAUGAUAAAGUUUUGUAUGUAGCGAGAGCUCAGAGAAAGGCAGAAAGAGAGGCGGAAUUGAAAGCCAAAUUUGAGCAACAAAGAAAAGUUAAAUUUGAGAAACUACAGGGUGCUAACCUAUACCUAAAAAACUUUGAUGACAGUUUUACUGACGAAAAAUUAAGAGAAUUGUUUUCUAAAUUUGGAACAACAACGUCUUGUAAGGUGAUGGUUGAUGCUCUUGGACAUAGCAAGGGUUGUGGUUUUGUUGCAUUUUCUACUCCUGAGGAAGCAAGAAAAGCUAUAAAUGAAAUGCAUGGAAAGAUGAUCGGAGGAAAACCUCUGUACGUUGCAGUGGCUCAACGUAAAGAAGAAAGAAAAGCUUCUCUUCAGGCACAUUUCACACAAUUGCAAGUUUCUGGUACAAUGGCACCUUUCAACACUGGAUAUCAUCCAGCUACCCCAAGACUUAUUCCUCCGCCACUGUACUUUGGUCAAGGAACUGCUCCUUUCAUUCCAUCACCUCAGCACACUGGUUAUGGAUUACAACAACCAUUUUUAUCGGGCAUGCGUCCUACAUCUGGUGUUCAUCCAAAUUUCAUAGUGCCCUAUUACCCUAAGAGAAACAAUACAUAUGGAAGAAUUACUGCUCAAAGGGUUGGAAACCUACCACCACCACCACCACCUCCACAUAUUCAGAUGAAUUUUUCCAACCAAGGCAUGGCUGUAGAUAAUUAUAACACCGGUGCAAUAUCUAACACCCUUGCUUCAGCUUUGGCUUCUGCUACACCAGAAAAUCAACAUUUGAUGCUUGGUGAAAAUUUAUAUCCACUCGUGGAAAAACUGACCUCAAAUAAUCAGACAGCAAAGGUGACUGGAAUGUUGCUGGAAAUGGAUCAAUCAGAAGUGAUUCAUUUGAUUGAAUCUCCUGAGGACUUGAAAAUAAAGGUGUCUGAGGCUGUGCAAGUCCUUAAUGAGACUACCCAAGGUGGAACUGCUGAAGGUGGUGAUGAAUUCGGUCGCUCAGCUCAUUGA